AUGCCUCCAGGUGCGAAAUAUUAUCUGCCCGGUGUCAAAGAAUGGGUUUGUUUGGAUAUGUCUCCAGAGACUUUUGAGGCACAAUUCGUUGAAGUUUCUGUGGGGAUGCCUACCAUUUCUUCGAUUUCUUCAGUCAAAUUGGGGUGGGAGCUCUUUGUUGCCGAUGUGAGUCUGGCAAAGCAGGUGCUUGCGCGAAAAAAGGAAUUUACUAAACCGACUGAAAUGACAAAAAAAAUCACCAUCUUCGGCGACAGCUUAGCUUCAGUAGAAGGCGCAGACUGGAACCGCCAUCGCCGAUGCACAGCCGUUGCAUUCUCAGACAAUAUCAACCAGAUCGUUUGGUAUGAAUCUUGCAAGCAAGCAGCCAAUACCCUUACAGGCUUCAGGUCUGAGACUCAAGUCUCCAACACCCAAGAUGAGAUGUCUCGAAUCGGCUUUGUAGUUCUUUUGAAGGCAUGCAUGGGCUUAGAAGGGGACACGGAGACCGCUGAAAAUGAAAAGCACGACCUCGACAUCAAUGGUGGGAAACAACACCUCAAACUACUCCUGGAUAUGAUACCUGCAUCGCCAAAAUUCAAUUUGAGGUUUUUACAGGAGCCGUCAAAUCAGUUCAUAUAUAAUCUAAAAGGUCUUGGUUCGUUCCUAAAUGACCUGAUGAACUACCGGAGAAAUCAUCCUCGAUCGGAGCCAGAUCUCCUCUCUGCAUUACUCGGCUUCCGAGAGGCAAAUAUUCUUACCGAUCAAGAAAUCAAAGGUAAUAUAUUUUUGUUUCUUUUCGCUGGCCAGGAAACAACAGCAAACACUCUACUAUACAUUCUCUAUCUGCUUGCCAUCUUUCCGGAAUGGCAGCAUUGGGCAACCGAGGAACUGGACCAUAUCUUUAUGGGUUUACCUCCACAUGAGAUUCCUACACUUCAAGAAGCCUUUCCUCGGAUCAAUCGCCUUAAAGCCAUUAUGUAUGAAACACUACGACUCUACGGGCCAGUCACCACGAAUUUUCGAAAGACAUCCCAAACAGCCCAUCUACCCCACAAAAAGGAACUUGUCAUCCCAGAAAAUAUACAAGUUAACAUGCUCCUGCCAGCUCUACACACAAACCCAAACUACUGGGGCCAACAUAGCCUCUCAUGGAACCCCGACCGAUGGAUACGCAAAUGUUCAAACAACACUAAAGAGGAACUUGACAGCAAUAAGAUUAAUGAUCUUUUAGCAUGGGCUGAAGGACCACGUAUCUGUCCAGGGAAGAAAUUUUCCCAGGUCGAAAUCAUCGCUGUGCUUGUAACCCUGCUACGCAGUGCCUCUGUACACAUCUCCCCAGGCCCGGGUGAAAACAUCCAAGAAUCUCGGAUAAAGGCAUUGCAUGUGGUGCAGCAAAGCAAAUCCUUACUUACACUGCAUAUUCCAGAACCAGAGACAGUCAAGUUGGUAUGGAAAAGUCGAUAA